GUGUUGUUCCUUCAGUAUCAACCCGCAACCAUAUUUUUUUAUUUUUUUUCCAACGGGGGGGAAAAAAAAAAUAAACCGGAGAUUUGAGGGAGGGCGGGAGGGGUGUGCGUAGAAGCUCAUGCUAGGCCGCUCUUCUCCUCCGCGGAGGGGUGUGUGUGUCCCUUUAAGAGUGUGGACGCGCCAAGCCUCCGAGGCUUUGAGGAGGGAGACGGGAGGCGCAGCAGCGGCGGCGGCGGCGGCGGCAGCCGCGGCGGCCAGAGCCUGGAAGGUGAGUCGCCGCCAUUCCGUUAUGUAGGGGAGAGGCGGACGCGACGGAAGGCACGACCCGCUGGCGGGAGGGGAGUGGGGGAGGGGAAGCAGCGGCGCGAGAGGGAAGGAGAGAAUGUGUGUGAGGGGAGCGCGCGUGCGCCAUGGCGUCGGCGGCGCGCGGGCGCCAGCCAACGGAACGCAGGUGGCGGUUGGAGACCGUUGGAAACCGGUUCGAACCGCCCGGCUCUCUUUUUCACCCCCUCAUUCGUCUCUUUUCCCCCCUUCCUUUUUAUAUAUAUAUAUAUAUAUUUUACCUCAGCCGCGUAUGGGGGGGGGGAGUGCGCGCGCGCCGUACACAAAGCGAGACGUUCCGUGGGGGGGGAGGGGUCGCGGGGGGGGGGAGGCGAGAGCCGGCGAUUGGAGGGAGGUGGGGAGAGGGCGGGGCCUCGCUCUUGGAAGGGGAGAAAGGGGGCGGGGCUUCGCUCUUUUCCCGCCCGCUUGGCGGCGGCUUACCUCGCUUGAGGGGCGCCUUGUUACUUUUCCCCUCCUUGGCUGUGAGGGGAAGGCGCGGAGUGAUCCCGGACUAUUUCGUCCGGAGGGGCGGGACGAGAAAGAGAGGGGGAAAAAACGGAGUGAGGUGGCCGCGGCUCCCUCCGCCCACUCCCAAUCUUCUUUUUCGCCCCUCAAACAGAACCCGUUUCUUCCUCCCUGCUAACACCCCCCCCCCAAAUCUCCUUUGAGGUACUAAGUAAAAGCAUAAAUACACGCUAAAAUCAGAAUAAACCUAUGGACUCCAUGUAUCUACACCCCAUCCACACACACACGUAUAUAGUACAAAUUUAUUAAUAUAUUAAUCGAAUGCACCCAUCCUUCCCAAGCUGCAACUCAGUUGCUGGGUGGGCGGCCAUGUUGGGCAAAGGGAUUAUUUUUCUUCCCCCCCCCCCCCACCCAAAGCAUGAGGUGUUGUGCUUUCUAAGGUGGUUUUUAAAUUCAUAUUGGGAGGAAUAAUGAUAUUUCGUUGGGGUCCUCUUUGAGUGGGAAGUAGCUGGUUUUGAAUUUCCCUCACUUUGAGGGUGGGGGGGGGAAAGAGUAAGGGAGAUGCUCCGCUUCAGAAAUCGCUUCCCUCCCCAAUACAUACAUAAUUAUAAUAGAAUAUAAGAAUAUGUUCGCUGGGGGGGGGGGGCUUUUAAUAUUCUGACAAUCCCCUCCAUUUCCCCCCCAUCAGAAUUAAGAAAGGAAGCUUCAUCCCUUGACCUGACUUUGUUGUCAUGUCAACCACCUCGAGGCGACACAGCUCCUUUUAUUCUGCAUUAAAUAGAAUUCCGCAUUUGCCGUUGCCGAUGGGAGUUCUGUGAGAGUUGCAGGGGGGGGGGGACCCACCCUUUCCAUACUAAUUCACACCGAGGGCUGUUUUUGUUCACUGCCAAAGUCUUCUUGUGCAGGGAGUUUGCGGCCAUGUGACAGUCGCGGCCGGGGCUUCCCCCUUUCCCUGUGCUUACGAUCAGCUGUUGGGCUAGGAGCUACAGGUGAGCUUCCCGUUAAUUUUUCUUCUGUGCAUUAUAACAUAAUGAUCGUCCGCGCAACGUAGGUAGGAAAGCCACCGUUUCCCGACUCUGCAUCUGUGCAGCAAGGAGGCUGGUGGGUUGACACCUUUAUGGCUUCAGGGAUAUGUCACAUUUGUAUACAGUGGCCUGGUUUAAUAAAUGAGCACGGGGGAUUAGGAUAUCAGUGGCUAGAAGGCAUGAUGGCUGUGUUGUCCACUGUCAGAAGCAGUAUGCCUCUGUAUACCAUAUGCUGGGAAUCGCAAGUGGGAAGAGUGCUGUUGUUUAAUUUCUUUGUACACAGGUUGUACAAUGACAAUAAAAGUACAGUGGACGCUCAGGUUGUAAACGUGAUCCGUGCGGGAUGCACGUUCGCAACCCGCAGCGGCGUGUCUGCGCACGCGCGGGUUGCGAUUUAGCGCUUCUGCACAUGCGCGACCGCCAAAACCCAGAAGUAACCCGUUCCGGUACUUCCGGGUUUUGGCGGGUGCAUAACCCAAAAAAGCGCAAUCUGAAGAGGCUGUAACCCGAGGUAUGACUGUAUUAUUACUGUGCCCAGGUCCAGCGUGUGGGCUUUCCAGAGGCCUUUGGUUGACCCCUGUAUGAAUAGCAUGCUGGGCUAGACAGGCCUUUGCAGGGCCCUUACGCGCUUAAACUAUGGUUUAUUAAACCAUGGCUUAGCGUUGCAUGCAAAGGCCAGUUGCUUAAUUGUGGUUUGUUUACUGCCCAACAGGCAGUGAUCUGAAACCCUGGUUUGCUUUAACCACGUCUUGGGUAUUAUGUGUUAAUUCUCUGUGAACUGCCCCUAAGAUCUUUUGAUGAAAGACAGUAUAUAAAUUUAAUAAAUAAUAAUAAUAAUGGUUUGUUUGGCCACCCCAUCCUCAGAUGCUCAAUAACCCACAAAGGCACUAGGCAAAAGCAGCUGGGAAACAAACCAAACACUGGAGAAAAGCCAUGGCUUCUUUGAUUGUCUGUGGGACAACUCAUCGCUUGUUAAACUGUGGCUUAAACCAAGUUAAGUGUGAACCGGGCCAUUAUCUUCAUGUGCUUAUAUAACAAGACAGUAAGUUGGCCCGUUUUUCUUAACUCCAAAUUACAGGUGGGCAUUGAGACAGACAUAUUUGUUGCUGUUAGGGCAUCCUGCGAAUUCAUGGCAGAUGGUAUAAACUUACAGCUCACAGAUCACAGUGCAAAUUGGCACCUGUAUACAUGGUGGCAAAUUCUGUGAAGGGAUUGUCUGUUGUGUAGGGAUUUUGUAAAGUGUCAAACAGUUGAAAAGGUGAUACCUUUUAACUUGAUUAUGAUGUGUAAACCCCUACUGUGGAAAGGUGACGAAUGUCCCCAGAUUUGAUAUACUAGAAGGCUCCUAAGAGUUUUCCUUUUGAAGUAAAUCCUACUGUAUUCAGUGGGAUUUGUUCCCUAAUAAGUGAGUUCAGGAGUCUUAGAAACACAGGAUUUGGGCAUCCUUUGUUAGUUACAAGGUCUGGAAAAAAAUCCAAGCAGUCUACCCAGGUCUAUAAGAAAAAUAAAUAGUUUGGUGACAAAUUUAGGAUAAUAGUUUGCAUAAAUUUAGGGCACACUCUCUCAGUGCCCCUCCCUUUAUGUGCCUAGAACAAAAUACUGUAGUCCUUUAAGAAAGGUGUUUUUAUUUUAUUGCCAUAUAUCACUGUUUCUCUAGCACUUGUUCCUGUUGUAAUAUCAGACACCAGCAUGAGCACCAUAAUGGAUUAAAUUAUCUACAUGUUCAGCGGAGUUUUCAAUGUCAAGGCUGUAUUUUUUCAAACAAACAAAGCACUCUGUGCAUAGGAAACUCAUUGAGAUGAGUGUUAAUGUACUUGCUGCUAUCUGCAGCUCAAACUGCUACUGAGGUUGUAGAUUCAUGGGCUCUUUCAAAAGUUGGCAAUCCUACUUCCAUGAGGAAGGAGGACACCCUCUUCUUCAAAGUAGGAUGGUAUUGUCUAGGUAGGACUCUGCCACAUUGUUUAACAAUAACAACAACAAAUGAAUAAAUAAAUAAAUAAAUAAACUGUUGAAUUGGUUGGCUGGUUCUUAUAUACCAUGCUCUGAACUGUCACUUAAAUUAGUCAGCAUUUAAUUUUGACACAUUUUUAAUAUACCAUUUCCCAAUGUGCUUAGGAAAGUGUGCACAGAGUUUACCUACUUAGUGUCCACAACAACCCUGUAAAGAGAUAAAGACUGAGAGUAACCCAACAUCACCCAGUGAAUUUCUUCACUAAGCUGGGAUUUGAACAUCCUUUGAAGGGUGACCAACCAUUCACUUUCUUCAGUUUUAUCUAUCUAUCUAUCUAUCUUAUCUAUCCAUUCUGUCUGAAAACACGAGCAGUAAGUCCAGUUUAUCUUCCUUAAUCUAUGCUAAAUAUUUUUUUAAAAAUAAUAUUUAUUACUUUUCAAAAAAUUUAAACACUAAAAAGACAAUACAAUACAUUACAAUACAAUACAUUAAAAAAAAAAAAAAUCAAACAAUUUCAUUAUCCCAUCUUUCAUUCACUUAUUUCCACGACCUCCUCACACCUCCCUUUUUGUAUUCCACUUCUGUUAAUUAUUUCAGCAAUUCCUUUCCAUCUUCCUCUGUUUUCUAUCCUAUAAUUAUCUUAACUCAUUCUAACCUUAUUUUUUCCUUUAAUACUCUAUUAAUCUAUUUAUACUUAAUUCCUUAUAACGUUUUUACUAAAGCCAUGUAACUUCAUUCCAACAUUUUUCUAACAUUCCUUAAUUUUACAAUAUUUCUGUAAAUAAUCUUUAAAUUUUCUCCAGUCUUCUUCCACCGACUCUUCUCCCUGGUCUCGGAUUCUGCCAGUCAUUUCCGCCAGUUCCAUAUACUCCAUCAACUUCAUCUGCCAUUCUUCCCGGGUGGGUAAAUCUUGUGUCUUCCAAUAUUUUGCGAUGAGUAUCCUUGCUGCUGUUGUUGCAUACAUAAAGAAAGUUCUAUCCUUCUUUGACACCAAUUGGCCUACCAUGCCCAGGAGAAAGGCCUCUGGUUUCUUCAGGAAGGUAUAUUUGAAUACCUUUUUCAUUUCAUUAUAAAUCAUCUCCCAGAAUGUCUUAAUCCUUGGGCAUGUCCACCAAAGGUGGAAGAAUGUGCCUUCAGUCUCAUUACAUUUCCAACAUUUAUUGUCGGGCAAAUGGUAAAUUUUUGCAAGCUUGACUGGUGUCAUGUACCACCUAUAAAUCAUUUUCAUUAAUCUAUGCUAAAUACACCCUGUAUCUUCAGACUUUCCUCAGACUGUCUCCCUAUUUUCCAACUUCUUUGGGUUGCCCAAGAGAUGCUUCACUGGUCCAAAAUAGACCAGUUCCAUUGCUUCCAGAAUCUUGGCUGUGAUAUUUCAUUGAUGCAACAUUCUUCUGUAUCAUAGCAACCUAUUGUUGGUUUAUCUCAUGUCCAUUUUGUCGUACUGUAAUUCCUGAAUCUUCCUUUCGAAGUGCGAGUAGCUAGUGAGUUUUGCCCCAUCAUAUUCAAUAACCUUCUGUGUAACACUUACACUUAACUUCUACUUCCAUUCAAUUGCAUCUUGAUUUCUCCUUCGUUUCAGGUCAUUUUGAAUUUUUCCUCAGAAAUGGUUGCACGUGCUCCUACUUUUGUCUCAUUUUCAUAAGCAUAUAUGUCAGGGGCGCGGAACCUCAAGCCCAGGAGGUGAAAGUGGCCCCCCAGUCCUCUCUCUCUGGCCCUCAUAACCCUUCUUGAGAGUAUACACCCUGCUUCCCAGGCAACCCCCCCUCAGUAGCCCUGCUUUACACCCCCAGUGCUUUUGCCUGGCUGGAAUGUGUUGUUGAAGUCUGAUAAUGCCUCUUGCUGGUCUGGAUAGGAUACAGAAUGGUGUGUGAGUGUGUGCAGAAACUAACUUACCGUAUAUAGGUGAAAUUGGUAUUAGUUGCUCCUCUCAUUUUACCCUCUGGCCCUGCCCACUGCAGACAUGUCACCUUCAAAAGCUUGCCUGAAAGUGAAUGCGCGGCUCAAGCUGAAAAAGUCUCUAUCCCUGUUGUUGUUGUUUAGUCGUUUAGUCGUGUCCGACUAAACCAGAGCACGCCAGGCACUUCUGUCUUCCACUGCCUCCCGCAUUUUGGUCAAACUCAUGCUGCUAGCUUCGAGAACACUAUCCAACCAUCUCGUCCUCUGUCGUCCCCUUCUCCUUGUGCCCUCCAUCUUUCCCGACAUCAGGGUCUCUUCCAGGGAGUUGUCUUUGUCCAUGGAGUUUUCUUGGCAGGGAUACUGGAGUGGCUUGCCGGUUCCUCCUCCAGGUGGAUCACGUUUGGUCAAAACUUUCCACUAUGACCUGUUCAUCUUGGGUGCCCUGCUCGGCAUAGUUCAUAGCUUCUCUGAGUUAUUCAAGCCCCUUCACCACGGCAAGGCAGUGAUCCAUGAAGGGGUUAUCUAUCCCUAGUUUAUGUAAUUAAUGUGGAUUUUGAGUAGUGCGUGACCCUAGGUCUGACCUCUGCAGAAUCCUCUGACUGAAUUUCUCUGUAAACAUGCAUGUAAUUGAACAAUGUGUAGUAUCUUGUCAGUUCCUUCAAGACUAACCUUUGUGUGUGUGUUUUAGACCAGUUCUGCUGUCUGUCAGGUGACUGUGUCUUCUACCCACCUCUUCCCAGGAGUUCUCCCAGGUGCCAUGCUUCUUGUUGAAUCAGAAUCUCCUGCUAGGAAAAUGGACCUUUUGAGUUGGAAAGCCGUAGACUCUUUGGCCUGAAAAAUGCGUCACAAGAAAUUGGAUCUAGGGCUGGUUUGUUGCAUUCCAGAAUCAUCCAGCCUCAAUCCCUCUGGCCAGUAUGACAUUAUUAACAUACCCUUUUAAAAAAUAAUAAUAAUGUGUUGAUGAAAAUGUGAGGGGAGGAACUGCAGCUCAGUGGUAGAGCAACUGCUUUGCAUGCAGGAGAUACUGGGUCCAAUCCCCAGCAUCUCCACCUAGGGCUGUGAAGAACUCCUGCCUAAAAUCUUGGGAGAACUGCUUCCAGUCAGUGCAGAUAAUACUGUCUGACUCAGUAUGGCAGCUUCCUAUGCCCCUGUUCAAAUCAGCCGAUCAUUCAGAAUCAUGAGGACUGGAAUCUUGCUUUAGUUUUGAGGCAAGGACCACAGCUCUGUUUUAGAGCACAUAGUUUGCAUGUAAAAGGUCCCAGGUUCAACUCCCUGCACUUCCAUGAGAGCCACUGCCAGUCAGUGUGGACAGUACUGAGCUAGUUGAAUCAAGGAUCUGAUUCAAUAUAAGGCAGCUUUCUGUGCCAUGUUGUUGUUGUUGUUUAGUCGUUUAGUCGUGUCCGCCUCUUUGUGACCCCCUGGACCAGAGCACGCCAGGCACUUCUGUCUUCCACUGCCUCCCGCAGUUUGGUUAAACUCAUGUUAGUAGCUUCGAGAACACUGUCCCACCAUUUCGUCCUCUGCCGUCCCCUUCUCCUUGUGCCCUCCAUCUUUCCCAACAUCAGGGUCUUUUCCAGGGAGUCUUCUCUUCUCAUGAGGUGGCCAAAGUCUUGGAGCCUCAGCUUCAGGAUCUGUCCUUCCAGUGAGCACUCAGGGCUGAUUUCUUUAAGAAUGGAUAGGUUUGAUCUUCUUGCAGUCCAUGGGACUCUCAAGAGUCUCUUCCAGCACCAUAAUUCAAAAGCAUCAAUUCUUUGGCGAUCAGCCUUCUUUAUGGUCCAGCUUUCACUUCCAUACAUCACUACUGGGAAAACCAUGUCCACCUUCAAUAUUCCAAGUUGCUGCUGGAGUAAGGGGGGAAAUCUUACAUGUUCCUAGGUGCCAUUUGUAAUUGUUGGAACCACACCCUGGGACCUGCUGGUGAAGAGUAGGCAAUAAAUUUAACCAUCAGUUAAUUGAUUUUGGGAGCACUAUAACCAAAUUUGUCAGUGAUGGGCAGCCUGGAAAUUCCACACACACACACUGGCCAAUCCCAGGACAAUACCUUCCUUUCUUCUUUUUCUGCUAAAAAUAAGCUCCCCAUUUAACCACCCCAUAGCUUCAAACAGCUGAGUCCUGUGGCGUCUUAAAAGACUGUCACUUCAGAGGACCACAGGCCACGUGGUCAGAUUUGGAAAAGUGGUCUCUAGCCCAAGAAACCUUAUAGCAUGAGAAACGUGAUAAUCUUUCAGGUGCCACUGGAGCCUUGGUUUUUUAUUCUUACAAAAUGUGGUCAGCCCUCUGGAAUUGUAAGCCUAAUUCUGUUUCAGGGGUGGGUAACCUGUGGCUCUCCAGAUGUUACUGAAGUACAGUUCCCACUGUCUCUGAUUAUUGGCCAUGAUGGUUAGGGCUGAUGGAAGUUUGAGCCAGACAACAUCUGGAGGGGCCAAAGUUUUCCCAGCCCUGGUCUAAUUAAUUGUUGGAUUUCAACUAGUGGGCUAGAAUGCACAACUGUGACAUCACUAUCUUUCUUUUCUUCUUGGAAUUUUUUUUAAGAGAAGGGGAAAUAUUGAGAAAAGCGCAGGAAGUAGAGAGAAAAGCAGGGGGAAAGCAACAACAACAACAACAAUAAUAAUAAUAAUAAUAAGUGUGUGCGGGGUUUCUUUUAUGAAGUGGAUUGGUCCUAUGUUGUGUGUUAGGGUUAAAGAUCUGAAAGGUUUGGUGACUGCUGUAAUGCAGGAAUGCAGGUGUCUCUCCGCCCUCCAGAUAUCUCUAGACUCAAGUUCCCAUCCUCCCUGACCAUUGGCUGGCCGUGCUAGGUGGGGACUGAUGGAGUCCAACAACUCAGCUUUAUCCACCUUUGCUGUAAACAAAUUCCUUCUAUCCACUGUUCUCAGUCUGCCUUGAAGCAUCUAGGGUUUUUACACACUUUGUAUCUUUUACAUACUGCUUUUCUGUCAAAGUAUCCACAGCCGUUAACUCUGUGGUUAUGGCCGUGGUACCCCUUGAUAACAACCGUCAGUAAACAAGCCACUCACUGUGUUUCACCCAGGCAUAAUAUGUUUUCAUCAUCCUGACUUUUAAUAUGCUAAAAGCAGAUUGGCACUAUGUGCUCCUGGUUGGAAGAGGAAGACCAGUUUCCUAGACAGAGUGGCUGGCUGCUCCUGAGUUGCUUUUUAUUGGAGCACGGUCCCUGUGCAUCCUCCCCCCAUUCUUCUGUUACUGUUGAUCAAGUGUGUAUCCUUGCCAACCUGCGUGGGUGUUGUGAGGUCUCGGUUAAAUACUGACUGUUGAGUGCACUGGGUUUCUGAGAGAGGUGACACCGUAGCAAUCUCUGGGUAUUUACUUGCUGGUAACAUUGUCAAUGUGCACGAUGCUUUAUGAUGUACAAGAGGUCCAGUGUGAAAUUUAAUGUGGGAGAUAGUGUUGGCUCCAGGUUUCAGAGAAGCUCCUCCCUUCAGCGAAUCUACCUCCUCUCCACCAUCAUCACCAUCUCCCUCUCUUCCUCUUCAUGGCAACAGAGCUGCUUGCUUGACAAGCAGAGAACGAACAAGAUACCUGAGAGUGUCAUUUCUGAUCCACUUUCUCACCGCUAACACUUUCUGGACCAGAGUGAAGAGGCUGAUAAACAAGCAAGGAGGUUGCAAUGGUGGAGAGGAGGAGGAGCAGGUCUUGCAGGGAGGUGCUGUUGCUAUUCACACACACACACACACACACACACACACACACUCCACCAGUGUGGGCCCCCAGGAAAUUUCCAACCACUGGAGCCAACCGUGGUGGAAGAGGCAACAGAAGGAGGAGAAGAGUCACUACAGGAAGAAUAUGCAUUUCUUUCUAGAUAAAAGGCGAGGUGCCUGUCCCAAGUGGACUUACAUUUUAAAAUUAGUCAAAGGGAAGUGUGUGUGAGUGUGGUAGCAAGGAGCGGAAUAAUAUGUGUUUAUUCCAGUUGCAAUCAUUACAAUGUAAUUUUACACAGGCCUUUUAAAUAGCCACACAUCUGAUCGCCCAUGGUGAAGGAGAUUCACCUCCAUGUGAACCUUGCUUUUUUAAAAAAAGUUCAGGACCAAAUCAAUAACCUAAAUAUGAGUAUGAUGGUUUUAACCUCUCGUUUUCCUCAGCAAUUUUUCAGCCAUUCUUUUUCUUGGGGGGGGGCGCGGAGCGUUGUAACACUUGGGGACUUUUCUUAGAUUACGUGGGCAUAUUAACUCUGUUCAUCUUGUAUGACUUGCUAACUGGCGCACAGGGUUUGAUGCUGCUGGUUGGAAAAUAAAAUGGGAAUGCAGUUAAUGAGCUUCACCUAAUAGUGUUGAUGUGAAAGGAACAAGGGAGCAUCAGUUAGCAUUAGAUGCUUCAGGGAUACACCGCCCCCAACACACACACACACCCCUGACAGUUGUAAGGUGAACUGAGUCAGCCUGUAUGUCCUUCCUCAUUCAGGGCCAUAGCGCCUGCCUAUAUUAGCAGAGUGGGAUUAAGAACACAUUAAGAGUCUGCUGGAUCAGGCCAGUAGCCCAUUUAGUCCAGGAUCCCGUUCUCACAGUAGCCAACCAGAUGCCUGUGGGAAACCUGCAACAGGGAUCUGAGUUCAAGAACCCUCUCCCCUCUGUUGUUUUCUAGCAACUGGUAUUUGGAAGCGUUGCUGUCUCCAGCUGUUGAGGCAAAGCAUAGCCACCAUGGCUAGUAUCCACUGAUGGCCUACUCAAUGGAUUUGUCCAGUCCACUUUGAUCAACACUCCAUGGCCUCCCUCCUUCAAGGGGUAUAGAUUAGCAGAAACCUCACCAAUGUUCUAUGCUCUGUUUUGAACUAUAACUUCCAUCACCCACAGCCAUCCAGAUCUGGAGGUUUUCAGAUUGGUGAAGGCUUGGUUGGUGGGUACAUCCAUCAUAUCAUUUGUAUGUGGGUUAUAAUAUUGUAAUUAUAAUAUUGAGUAUGAGUGCUUUAUGUAUGAGUGGUUGGUUGAGGUAGUGAAGGUGUGUGGUGGUUGCAUGGAAGGUGAGUGGACCAAGUGAGUGGGUGUAAUGACAAUGUGUUUUAGCUGGUUGAAAUAUUACGUUGUGCUGCCUUGUAGUGCUCCCCUAUUUCAUUUACGUGAGUAUUGUGUUUAUGUAUGGAUAUUGUUUAUAUAUUUGUUUUACAAAUCACUUGAUGGAAGAUUUUAUUGUACUUACUUACUGUGCUCAUAUCUAUCCAUUGUAAAUUGCUUUGAGAUCUCAGACAACAACCAGUCUGUAUAUGUAAAUAAUAAACACUGUUUUCAUUUUUCAUGGCACUCAGUUUGAAAAUAAUGGAAUGAUUCCUUUCCUUCUUGUAAGAAAAUUUAAAACUGGUUUGGCUGCUUAAGUUAAGGAAGUGGUCUGUAUUUAUUAUUAUUAUUAUUAUUAUUAUUAUUAGUGCCAGGCUGUUAAUCAAUUAAGUACACUAAGUACAGUAACUUAAUUACUUAGUGCCCACAAAGGUCUAUUUUAAUAGAACAAACCUCUAAUGUGUUCGAAUCUGGUUUAGAAGGGGAGAAAAGAUAUCUUGUGAUAUAUUUAGCACAUUCUGGGUCCAUGUUUGCGAAUGAGCAUCUGCCUGUGAGGUGGCAGAAAGCAAAAUGUUAGCAUUAUUUAUCACUUGGAUUAAAUAAUUGGAUUGAAUCAGGGAAGCCUUAGGGUCUCAAAAUUAUGUACAGCAAAGGCUUUGGGAGGAAGACUGAAGGGAAGAAGAAAUGUGGGAGAUUUCUACUUAGUUGAACUGGUGUGUGGAAGUGGUACAGAUUUGUGCUUGAGGCUGGAUGCAGUGGCCUGCUUAGAAUUUGUCUCUUCGCAGUUCUUGAAGAGUUCUGGAGGUUUAAAAUAAUGUGCUGGAGUUGUAGGUAGACCAGUGAAUCUUGAUGCCAGGCUAUGUUUGUUCUCAAUCUUCAAAGAUGUUGAUGCAGGCAACCAAGAGAAUUAUCAGAGUUCAAUGGGACAUCCCAACCAAGCAAAAAGACUCAAGUAGGCUAUGAAGUAAGGCUGGUGGAGGUGGUGGCCUGGAGAGAAUAUUGAGGGUUGGACAGAGAGGCUUGGAGAGCUGUAUUUGGUUUCCAGGCCUGUGGCUCCCUGCCUUUGAUCAAUGUGGACCCAAGGGGUUUGAAAACAGCAGUAUCGCUUGAGCAGCAUCCAGCUUUCUGCUCAUAGUAGACCCGCUGAAAUGAAUGGACCUCAGUUGGAUGCAAACCCUGGUAACAGAGGACCCACGGAGGUUGUGAGGAAAAGAGGAUGGGAAGUCAAAGGGAGUUGGCUUCAGUAGGUGACCAGGAAGUUGAUGGCAAAUAGCACAAUGGACAGAGAGUAAAAGUUUAAUGAGGUAGGAAAUGGAAUCACCCACAAGAAGGUGGAAUUUAAGCCAAGAGGUGUUAUCUGAAGAGUUGAAAGGCAGGAGGCCGAACGGCAAAAGUCUCUCUAUUCACUUUUAGUUGCUUGCUACAACAUCUUUCCAACCAAGGCAACAUCUGCAAUAGUGACUUUCAUGCUAGUUUCAAGCUGGUUAAAAGCACAUAGGAAUAAUAAAAUGAAUCAUGCAAACUAACACAACCAGCUAAAAUGGAAACAGUCCAUUCAAAUUCUCUUGCACGUUGCUUAGAGAGGACUGCGAUUAAGCGGUAUGCAAAUUGUUGAAAUAAUAUAACAGUAGAGUAGUAGACACAUUGAAAUUACUAAUAGACAUGACUAACUUAGGUCCAUUGAUUUCAGUAGGUCUACUUUGGGUAAAAUUUGGUUGCAGACAACCCAUUAAAAUUGAAACUACUAGGGUUGCCAUAUUUCAGAAACAAAAAACUAGGACACCCCGAAAGUUGUUGAGCUUUAAAGUCUUAGAGAGUCCAGACUCUCAGUGCUUCUCCAGGGCUUUGUCAAGGAGCUUGUUCAGCCAGUUCACUGUUGGCCAGGGGGUCAUCUUUCAGGCCUGCUGCUAUCAUGGCAUUGCCGUAGAUCAGGCCAAGCAGCAUAUGGGCCAGAUCAGGCUGGAUGGCUGGAGCAGAGCUAGUUGAGCUGCUUGAUAAAAAAACGGCAGUAAACAUCAACUUUGUUUUGCAAAUGUAAUGCUACAUAUAUGGAAGAAUAGCAAGAAGUAUGGCAAAACUGAUCCCUUAAGAGGACAUUUUUUAGCUGCCCUGUGAAUAUAAUUUUUUGUUUAGGGUGUAUGAAUUAAGUAAUAAUAAUAAAGUCGCCUCCUCUAGAGUGGUUAGAAUUGUAGCAUUUGGAGAAGCUGGACAUUUAACCAGACAAAUAACUCUCAAGCAUUAAAUUAGAGCAACAACAACAUAACACUGAAUUAUCAAUAGGUUUAGGCUUUAGUGUUAAUUACAUAAUCCACCCCCAACAAAUCUGUUAACUGUUUACAGUACUGUAUUGUGAAAUUUUGCUUCAAACAAGCAAAAUAAAAUUGCAGUGAAUCGUUUAUAACUUUGAACCAUGUCAGCAAGCUUUGAAUGCAGAGAGAGUUCACGGGAUGGUUCUUCUUUGGCACUUUCUCUCUCUACCAAUGAGAACACCUUUUUGGAUGUGGUACCUCAGCUGGUUUAUUCCAUAUCAAGUGAUCCAACUUUUUUACCUUGUCAUCCAAUUUUCUUAAUAUUUUGUACAUUUGUUGAACGAUCAAAACAAAGUUUAAAUCUAAAAUUUUAGCUUUUUAUCUCAUCCCGUUUGUGAGCUAUGAGGGUUUGAAAUUGUCAAAAAAAAUGACAAUUUUGGCCUUGUUGGAGUACACAAAAAUCUUAAAAGCUCAACCCAGCAUUGAGAUACGUUAAAACUAAAACACCAAUCUCUUCAGAACUUCUUGGGAUUUUAAUAUGAUAUGUCAAAAGAUGAACUUACUUUAAAUUUUAGAUUUAAGUUACAAAAUUUAAAAAUUUAAAAAGUGAUUAAAAAUUAAUGAUGAAACUUUUUCAAAAAAUAUUGUAUUGAUUAUUUAAUAUUUCUAAGAUCUACCUGCAAAAUUUCAUCUUGGGCUCUCAAUGGGAUCACAUUGGAAAAAAUAUUUUGUACAUAUCUGCCUUACUGGGUUCUAUUUAGGGUGAAUAGGUCUUCUUAGAGUAAAAUAUAACAGAAGAAACAAGACUUCAAACUAUAAUAUCAGUUACUUUAGGCAUUUAUUUAGAAAGUUAUGCAAUUGUAAGGUAUCUGAAAAGCUAGUCAGGCUUUUCUUUUAAAAACAUGUUCCAAAGUAGAGUGAUAGCUUGCUGCUGCGUUAUAGAAUUGCUUUGAAAGAAUUAUUGUUAGUACUUCAUUUCAUGAACAUUAGAACAAAAUGCAUAUCAAACUAAAUUAUGGGUGUGUGUGGAAACCUUACACAUGAAACGGGUCUGAAAACAUUUAUUCUUCCAUUAUUUAUACUUCACACCAAACUCUCUUAAAGAGCAUUUGUAGCAACACAACGUUUCAUUUUUUGUCAAAGUGUAAGUGCGGCCAGUUGCAGUUCUUGGUUGACCCUUGUUAGAACUUGUGCUCACCCCACCUUAAGAGCAUCCCGGCUAGAUGGGUAAACAGAAGAUGAUACUGGGCUUGGCGGGUGAAAGAAGUCACGGUUCCUUUUUUACUUUCAUAGUCCACCAACAGCACAUAUCCAGAGAUUUUGUACCUCCUUCAGUGUCAAGCUUCUCAAUCUCAUUGCUAAAGGAGUACACCUCAGUCACAAUUUCUGUUAGACUGGAUGUAGAUGGGAAAAAGCAGUGAAAUCCUUGUGUUUCCUUGAUCACCUUCACUCUUUCAAAGCGUCGUUUUAGGAACAUUUCUUCUUUUUUGUACUCCUCAUUUGUUGAAAAUAAGAACUAGAUAGAGGGAAUGUUAUCUUGGCACCAGUUGAAGCAGGGUAGGCAACCUAAGGCCUGGGGGCCGAAUGUGGACCAAUUGCCUUCUAAAUCUGGCCCACGGACGGUCCGGGAAUCAGCUUGUUUUUACAUGAGUAGAACGUGUCCUUUUAUUUAAAAUGCAUCUCUGAGUUAUUUGUGGGGCCUGCCUGGUGUUUUUGCAUGAGUAGAAUGUGUCCUUUUAUUUAAAAUGCAUCUCUGGGUUAUUUGUGGGGCAUAGGAAUUUGUUCAUAUUUCCCCCCCCAAAAUAUAGUCCGGCCCACCACAUGGUCUGAGGGACAGUGGACCAGCCCAUGGCUGAGAAAGGUUGCUGACCCCUGAGUUAAAGAGUUCCCGCAGUGUCAUAAUUUGGUUUGAUGGGUAUUUUGUUGUAAUAUUAAUGAAAUGAAGUACUAAUAAUAAUUCUUUCAAAGCUAUAUAAAUGUGAUAGUAUGUAUCACAGCUGACAUACAGUUACAAUUUAAAUGACUGAAGCAAAACAAAGUAACAGCAAGUAUUUUAAAAAAACAAAACACAAAGCCAGUUUUUAAACUUUCAGUUUAGCAGUUGUUCUAAAUAGGCAUUGGGCCAAUUCCUCAAACACUUUCAGCAUCAUGGCUUUGUGGAAGAUCUGACAUUAUUUCCUCUUUACUUUAGUUAUUAAAUAAUAUUUAUAAUCUGUUCUCUCAUCUGUUCUCUGGUGGGGCACAGAUAAAAACAAUCAAAUAAUAAACAACAUGCUGAAAUAUACCAUUGAAAAAUAGAUCAGGUUAAAACAACCAUCAACUUUACAAAACUUGACAUGCCUGGGUGAAAUGGUAAUGCUCUUGGAACUGCCUCUACCUGUAAGGGAAGGGCUGUCCCCAUUUGGGAAGCCACCACAUUGAAGGCCCCGCCAUGCACUACCACAUAGCCUCGUUCCCCCAGCGGUGGAACACAGAGAAGAGAUCCUUCCAACAAUCUCAGUACACAGGCAGGGCUGGUAUUUGACCAGCCUUCGGCAGUUGUUGAACACUUCCCAGGAUGAUCAAGAAUUGGGGGCCGCUAGAAUGCAUAAGGAAUUCUGAAACCACUACUGUCAGAGGCAUUGUGCCUGUUGGUUGCUGGAAACGGGGUGUGGAGGGAAGAGUGUCCUUGUGCUCAUGUCCACCUUAUGUGGACUUCUUAUUUGCAUCUGGUUGGCCACUGAGAUGAUCCAGCAGGACUCUUCUUACAUUCAUUGAACGUGGAGAGAGUUCCCAGAGGGGAGGAAGUUUGAGAACCGUUCCAUUGGACCGAUAGCAUAUGUUUUCCUGGCUUAGGCCUCAGUUCUUCAUUUCCCCACAAAAGACAGAUUGACAAAUUUUAUUUUCUUCUCCCCCACCCCCAGGAUGGCGGACACAGACCUAUUUAUGGAAUGUGAGGAGGAGGAGCUGGAGCCGUGGCAGAAAAUCAGCGAUGUGAUCGAGGACUCUGUGGUUGAAGAUUACAAUUCGGUUGACAAAACCGCUACAGGUAAUGAUCCUCUUCCUUUCCUUCUUUAAAAAAACAAAACUCAUGUAAGAUGAUACACAAAUUCUACAUUACGUUGCUUGGCAGUUUUCAUUUCGGGUGGUAUGCCAUCCAUACCCAGUUUAAAUAAUUCAUCUGCCUUUCAAUCUGAUGUACUGCAGCAUUCAUUUUCCAAAUGCUUAAAAAAAAAUAAAAAUCUUGCAUUUGGUUCUGUUUCUGUGUCUCACCAUUUUCAUAAUGCAUGAAUUGAGCCUUUAUGUAUGUCCCUUCCAGGUGGGCAUGGAACAAGAGUUUCCUGGAAUUUGACAAUUAAUUCAUAAGAGAAACAUGGGCAGCUGCCUUAUACCCAGACAGCAUUGAUCUGUAUAACUCAGACUCCAAGCUGACUCUAGUUGCUCUGCAGGGUUUUAAACAGGACAUUCCCAGCCCUACCUGGCAAUGCCAGGGGGUGGAGUUGAACCUGGGACCUUCUGCAUGCAAAGCAGAUGUUCUGCCACUAAGCUGUGGUCCUUCCAGAAUUAUCCUUAUUACAGUGGUACCUCUGGAUAUGAAUGGGAUCCGUUCCAGAGCCCCAUUCGCAUACAGAAGCAAAUGUAACUAGUGACGACACGUCUGCGCAUGCGCGUGUCGCUUUUCACCGCUUUGCGCAUGCACGUGAUGUCAUUUUGAGUGUCUGCGCAUGCGCAAGUGGCAAAACCCAGAAGUAAUGCGCUCCGUUACUUCCGGGUUGCUGUGGAGCACAACUCGAACACGCUCAACAUGAAGCAUAUUCAACCCGAGGUAUGACUGUACUAGCAAAAGGCUUGUCAAGUCUUAGCGGAGCAGAGAGUUCCAGUACUCUUCUCCAGCCAUACUUCCUGGCAAGUAAGCUCCCUGGCUUUUCAUUAAACGUUAGCAGUUCUAUUAAUUUCAACAGUGAUGUGGUUUUUAGGGUUUGGGGAGUUAUCAUCUUUCUUCUGCUGACAGAUUUUAAUGUUGUUUAUGGGAACCCUUUUCGCACAGCUUUGUAAAAUGGCCGUUGAUAUUCCUAUGCGGUUGUAUUUAUGGAUUUUUAAAUUGUAUUUCCUAUUUUGUAUCUUGUAAGUCACCUUAAAGACUUUGGUGGGAGUAAUGCACACAGUUAAUAAAUAAUAAUCAUAGCCGGGUGCCCUUGAGAAGCCCACAAGCAACACCUGUGUGUGACAGCACCUUUCCCCAUUUAUAACUUGGUAUUCAAAGACAUCCUGUCUCCCAGCAGUGGAAAGUAGUUGUACAAAGCUGUUGUGGUUAGCGGGCCUUUGAUAGCAUUAUUCUUCCAUGAAUCUGGCCAGUCCCCUUUUAAAGCUGUCUUAAGUUGGUGGCCAUCACCCCUUCUUGUGGUUGUGAACUCCACAGUUAAACUGUGCACUGUUUGAAGAAGUCGUUCCUUUUGUCUGUCCUUAAUCUCCCCCAGUUCAGCUUGCUUGGAUAGCCCUGAGUUUCAGUAUUAUGAGAUAGCAAGAAAAACAUACCCUUAUCCACUUUCUCCACAGCAUGUAUUGUUUUAUGCAGUUCUAUCACGUCCCUUAUUCACCCCUUUUCCCAACUUAAAGCGCCUUAAAUGUUGUAACCUUUCCUGGAAAGAGAGUUGGUCCAGUAUUGCACACAUAGUCCUGGUUAUUUUGCUUGCCCUUUUCUGGCUCUACAAUAUCCUUUUUGAGGUGUGGUAACUAACCAGAACUGUUUCCCAGUGUGGUUCCACUAUAGAGUUGUAUAAGAAUGCUAUGAUAUUGGUAGUUUUAUCUUCAACCCCUUUACCAAUGGAAUUCAGUCUCUGUUCUUUAGUCUUACAUGCAAAGACACAGGGGGGAAAACCCCAUUAUUCCUUCCCCUAGCUAUUAAUAUCCUUGUGGGUGUAACAGAUUGGCACAUUUAAUAGCUUGUCUUCUUGUCUGGCUGUUCUGAUUUGCUCCUUCCCUGCCUUCUGGCUGAUAUAAAGAAUAGCUUCAAUUUGAGAUUGGUAUGUGAGACUUGGGUCUUAGAUUCUGAGAAGCAGCUGGUGAGAUGUUCAAUCUUUUUCUGAGCUAUAUGAUUGCAGGUACAUAAGAACAACCCUGCUGGAUCAGGCCAAUGGCCUGUUCUCACGGUGCUUAACUGGAUUCCGGUGGGAAACCUGUAAGCAAGACUCAAACACAAGAGUCUUCUCCUCUCCUGUGGCUUCCAGGAACUGGUAUUCAAGAAGCAUUGCUGCUUCUGUCUGUGGAGGCAGAGCCUAGCCAUUGUGGCUGGUAACCACUGAUGUCCUUGUCCUUCAAGAAUUUGUCCAGACUUCUCUUAAAGCCAUCCAUCUUGGUGGCUAUCAUUGCCUCCUGUGGCAGCGAGUUCCAUAGUCUAUGCACUGCAUGAAGAAAUGCUUUCUUUUAUCUAUCCUGAGAGGGACGCGGGUGGCGCUGUCGGUUAAACCACAGAGCCUAGGACUUGCUGAUCAGAAGGUCGGUGGUUCAAAUCCCCGUGAUGGGGUGAGCUCCCAUUGCUCGAUCCCUGCUCCUGCCAACCUAGCAGUUCGAAAGCACGUCAAAGUGCAAGUAGAUAAAUAGGUACCGUUCCAGUGGGAAGGUAAACAGCGUUUCCGUGCGCUGCUCUGAUUCGCCAGAAGCGGCUUAGUCCUGCUGGCCACAUGACCCGGAAGCUGUACGCCUGCUCCCUUGGCCAGUAAAGCAAGAUGAGCGCCGCAACCCCAGAGUCGGCCACGACUGGACCUAAUGGUCAGGGGUCCCUUUACCUUUACCUUCUAUCUGUCCUGAGCCUUCCAGUGUUCAACUUCAUUGGAUAUCCCCAAGACAGAGAGAGAAGCUAUUCUCUAAACCUUUGGGCCCAUCUAGCUCAGCAUCAUCUACACUGACUGUUUCAGUUCUCCAGAGUUUCAGACAAUAUGUUUUCCAAAGCCUUACCUGAACAUGCCGAAGUUUGAACCUAGGACUUUCUGCAUGCAAAGCAGAUGACCCACCACCAGGCUGUGGACCUUCCCUUAAAAAUAAUAGCAAUAUUCCAAUCCCCAUGGUUCUGGAGAGGUCAAUAGGAAGCUGCCCUAUACCAUACCAGACCAUUUGUCCAUCUAGUAUUUUCUACGCCAAAUGGCGGCAGCUCUCCAGACUUUCAGGUAGGGACAUUCCCAGCCUGCUUCUACACAGGAAACCAAAUAUGUCCCUGCAUGUAGAAAGCUAUCACCUUUCACCCUCAGCCAUGACAUGCUAAUUUUCUCUGCGCUGGGAUUAUUGGUUUGUUUACUUUCAGUGGAGGAUCACUCUUCAUGCUGAAGGUGGGGGUUCAUUCAUCUGUUUGGAUUCUCCUCUAAUAAAGAAGGAAUCCUUGCAUAUAGACAACUAGUGUAGUAGAGUGAGAUAAGGCUCCAUCAUAUACUGAUUUUCUGUCUGCAGGGAUUUUUACUUUAUUUUCAAUAAGUAAAUUUAUUUAUUUAUUUAUUUAUUUAUUUAUUCAUUCAUUCAUUCAUUCAUUCUUGGUAUGGAGGACCAUUCCAUCCUGUUAGUUCCCUUCCAGUGCUGCUGCACUAUUUUUCAGAUCCAGAGCCUUUCAUUGUUGGCAGAUACUUAUUUUCCCCCCACAAAAUUUAUGUACUGCUUCAUUGUAAGAAAGAGCAAAAAAUCUCAAAGUGGUUUACAGAAAUAAUAAAAUAUUAUUAUUAAUAAUAACAAUAAUAACAAUAAUAAUUUUUAUUUAUACCCCGCCCUCCCCAGCCAAGCCCGGGCUCAGGGCAGCUAACAAGCAAUAAUAAAAACAAGUUGAAUGAAUACAACUUAAAAACAAGAUUAAAAUACAACAAUUAAAAUAGUGAAACAUUAAAAUAUUAAAAUGCAGCCUCAUCACAAUGAAAUUAUCAGUAAGAAUAGCUAAAGGGAACUGUUUAAAACAUUAAAACAAUAAUUAAAAUCAAUGAUGAGCUAAAUACCAGAUGUCUAGAUAGACUUUGCCUAAACAAAAAUGGUUUUUUUAGCAGGUGCCGAAAGGAAUAGAGUGAAGGUGCCUUCCUGGUGUCAGUCAGUCACUAAGUGUUUCUGCACAAGGAGCUAAGCCAUGUGGAUGUCCUCUCUGUCCGUACCUGCAGGCAGUAAACCAUUUUGAAUUUCCUUCCCGGCAGUUUCGGUGAGCGUGCAGCCAGUUGCCACCCCAAUGCCGAUCGUCGCUCACGCAUCCAUUGGUGGCGGCCUCACAACCUCCACAUCUGUCAGCGGCAGUGGAGGACCCAACAGCGACAGCACAAAGAAGACACUAGUGACGCUUUUUGCUAACAACAGCGGUAAGGGGAGAGGCUUUGGAUGGGAGGAUCUUGGUUUGGGGGCAAGUGUUAGGAUCUGCAGGCCACACACUUCAGAUAUCCCACUCACCCUAAUACUUUGCCAAGGAAAAUGGGAUUCUGUGGCCAGUACCAAUCCUGCCAAUUAAGUAAAUGACCCACUUUCACAUUUGCCACAUUCAUGCUUUGAUGCCACUUUAAGAAGUUGUAUUUUCCCUCAAAUAAUAUUGGGAAUCCCAGUGUAUAUGCAGUAGAUAAUUUGCUCCAUCCUGCUGGAGCGCCAUUUUGCAUCUGACUCCACCACCAGUCCUCCAAGCCACUGUUUGGCCCUGAAGUGACAAAGCUAAUCUGAAGUUGGAAGUUGUAGGGCAGGUGACAAUGAUGAUUUUGCCCACUUUUCCUUCUCUUUUGUCCAGCUGGGACUCCUCUCGUUCAGCAAGGCGGGCAGCCUCUGAUCCUCACGCAGAACCCAGGCUCUGGCCUCAGCACAGUGGUGACACAACCAGUCCUCCGGCCUGUGCAGGUCAUGCAGAACGCCAACCAUGUGACCAAUUCCCCGGUGACCAGUCAGCCCAUCUUCAUCACGACUCAGGUGAGGGAGGGGCAGCACCUCUUCUACCUCUCGAUACCAGUUGCUGGGGGGGGGGCAGUCAACAGGGUAUGCUCCCUCCCUUCUUGCCCAGCUUAUGGGUUUUCCAAAGGCAACUCAUUGGCUCUUGCAGGAAGUACAGGGUGGCCGCAAAGUAGGUAUACAGUUGAAUCAGUGAAAUUCACCACAACAGAUUAUAUGGGUACACAUCACUGACACACAACAAAGUGGCAGUUAAAUUUCAGGCUGGCAGUUGGAAAGAAUAGUGGAGUCAGAUAAAAGGAUUAUUAUACUGUUAUUGUGAAUGAUGACUGCGAACUUGAGUCACGCACAAAGAAAGUGGAUUCUAAAGCAGUAUACUUUUGGACCACUCUGUAUGUUGCCACAUUGAGGAUCCGACAGAGCUCUUCUUCUGUUGAUAACUCUUUAUGAGUACCUGGCACAUUCCUGGUUUGUUUUUAUGCAGAUGUGUAGUUCAUUUAUUUCGUUUUCACAUUUGGAGCUGGUGGAUGGUACCAUUGGCCUGUCACUGUGUUGACUGGGCCAGCAGGGUGACACCUUGAUCAAUGAGCUGACUGAAAUGUUAAGAGAAUCCACUCAUCCCCAGAGCUGUGUACACUUUUUACUCAAUGUUAUAAUAAUUCAGAAACCUCUAUAAUACGGUGCCAGACUGAACAAUUCUAUGUAAAAAAAUUCUGCACUAUUAAUUUAUUUGUACAAUUUGUAUUUAAUUUAAAUGCUAAAAAUGUUUGUGUUUAGACAAGCCUACCCGGGUCCCUUAGUUCCUGUGGAAUUGCAGCAUGCAGCAAUCCUCAUUGUCUGCCCCCAAGCCUGCUGUUGAGAUAAGCCUGCUAAAUCCACUUCUUUUUGCUUGCACGUUGCAGGGUUUCCCCGUGCGAAACGUCCGGCCUGUGCAGAACACGAUGAACCAGGUUGGGAUUGUCCUGAAUGUACAGCAAGGCCAGACAGUGCGGCCCAUUACCCUUGUCCCAGGUAAAGCAGAGGCUGGAACUGUGAAAGUGAGGAGGGGUCAGGCUGCUGGGCCAGUAGGUGUCAAAAGGGAAGAAAAGAGGCCCAGGAAAUUUCCCUCCAGCACCAGAGUAUGGGCUGCAGAGGCAGGGCUAUGCGAAAAGCUUCACGUUUUUGCUGCCACCUUCAGUGGGAGGGGCUUCCGUAGUCCCAGCCCCGCCUCCUUUGAAGGUACAGAGCUCCUAUGCACCUGUGUCUCUUUAGCCAAAGAAAGUGUGAUGAAUAUAUUACCUUCAUAUAUAUAUAAUCCUAGAGGUUUGCUUAUCUAGCAUCUUUCUGCUUCAUAUGGGUUUACAAAAAAGGCAGCGCGAGGGCAGGCUUAUCAAAGGCGGGACAAAAAGUACAGGAGUAGAAAGAGGGUAGCAGGAGGUGGAGGGAGAGGGGGGGCCGCACCAGGUCUCAGCCACGAAACCAGUUUGCACUGCAUGGCAAACCAGGAUUCAUGGCUGACCGAAGUCAUGGCUUAAAGUCUGCAGGGGUUUUUUCCUGCGUACUUCUGUUAAAAGCAAGAGAAAAGAGAGAGUGCAUUUUCCAUGCUGGGGGUAGGGAAGACUGCCUUCUUAUGGAUUAUGGGUGGGGAACAUCUGUGGCCUUCCAAAUGUUGCUGGACUCCCAGCCCCUCAUCCCUGCCCAAUGGCCGUUCUAAUUGCUGGGGCUGCUGGGAGUUGUGGUCCAGCAGCAAUUAGAGGACCACAGGUGAUCUCCCGCCACCCCUGGUUUCAGCCUGUGCAGUUUGUGUCAUACAGACAUUAAAAAUAAGAACAUUACAAUCCGUUUUUAAAUCUUAUCAAACAUCAACAACCCAAUAUGUAAUUGUUUUAGAGAAUUGUACAAAUAAUAUUUCUGCCAAUACGAGCAAGUUGUUUUAAACUUUUUUUAAUAUUGUGUUUUAGUGUUGUAACCCGCCCUUGGACCUUAGGGUGAAGGGCAGGUAAUUAAUGUCUUCCAAGCUGAAUAUUUCCUAGAUUCCUAUUGCAAUGAUCUACAAAGUAUGGCCGCCUCUUGACCAGUGUCUGUAACCUUUAAUUGGAUUGAGGAUGAUGUGUUUGCAGGAUACAUGUAUUUAGUAAAAAUUAAAAAACCACACAAAACAAAAACCCUGGUUAAUCACAGCGAGAAAUUGAGAGACUUUCCUGUUCCAUCUAUAUGGAGAUGGCUCUAAAGUGCCUUGAGUUAGCAUAAAUGGGCAAGUUGACUGAUUUGCCCCAUAAGUGGAAGGGCACUUCCUUAUAACAGCAGUAAUAUUUUUUCCAGGAGAGUCCCCUGGAACUGAUUAGAAUUUCUAGAAUUAAUGGAAAUGAACAAGCUGACUGAUUUGAUCCAUCGGAGGAAUGUUACCUCCUUAAUAAGUUUUGUUUUAGGAGAGUCUCGAGGACCGACGGGACGGUAACUGUGCCCUCCUUUCCUUUGCAGCCCCAGGCACCCAGUUUGUGAAGCCUGCAGUCGGCGUCCCUCAGGUUUUCUCCCAAAUGGCCCAGGUGAGACCUGGUCCGGCCAUGCCGGUCCGGCCGUCUUCCAACACGUUCACGACGGUCAUUCCAGCCACCCUUACCAUCCGGAGCACAGUACCGCAGUCCCAGGCCCAACCGCAAAGUAAGUCCUCUCCCAGCACCUCCUCCACCACCACCACUCCUACUGCAGCACAGCCAACCGCACUGGGACAGUUAACUGUACAGCAGCCAGGGCAGUCCACUCAAGCUACUAACCCCAAAUUAGGUAAGACUUCCCGUGGAGAGGGAAACUAAAAAUGAAAGAAAAAGAAAAAUGGUAUUACUUUGGUCCUCAUUUGUCUGGAGGAGCUGGGAAACAUUGCGGCCCCUGGGUUUUGCUGCAGCUCCUGCGUUAUGUGGGGCUCAGGGCACAGCAAAUGCUCUGUGUUUGUCCAUCUGAUUGGGAGGUGGGCUAAGGAAAAACACCUCCGCUCUACUCCAGGGAAGGGCAAAAUGUGAAAGCAAGCAAAUAUAAGAAAAACAGCUUGUGUCGAUUAAUGAUUGAUUUUAACCAGUGCCUUACAAGACUAUUUGUUAAUUACAUUUUAAAAAAAUUAUUCAAAGCAUCUAUGCAUUUACUCUUCAGUUGGAAAAGGGGACAAUUUUUUAAAAAAUGCCGCAAUCCCUGCCUCUCAAGUUUACAGCCUGAAAAGGCAAGGCACAAAAGGAAAAAGGGAUGGGGAGGGAAGAAGAAAACCUUCCGCUGAAGAACUCAGGAUAGCACAUACAUGAUCCCACUGCCACCAUUUCAUCCCUCACACAAGAAACCUGUGAGAUCGUUCAGGCUGAGAAAAGAUGGGCCCAAGGUCACCCAGUAAGCAGGGAUUUGAACCCGGGGCACCCAGCCCAGUAGCUCCUGCUUAUUAAAUGAUACAUUCUCUGACAUUGUCCUUGCAACAGCCCUGUUAAUAACACCUCACUUCCAUAUAUACAAAAGGUACUUAGGCCAAUCCAUCCAAAGGCCGAUGACCAAUGGGCUCCAUGUUCUCCAGUUUCUUAUUACUAGUCCUUAGAUGUCAAGUCAAAGGAGGGAAAUAAAGUGAUAUUAAAAUCCAGUCUGCAGGAGGGAAGGGAUAGACCAUGGCUUUCCUGUCCCUGCCAUUUCAGCAGGCUUACAGGAUACGUCUCUCACUCUUGCAAGCCUUUAUCUGUCUUUCAUUCCAAGAAACUUAGGAUGCUGCUUUAUAUCAAGUCAGACCUUUGCUCCGUCUAUCUCAGAAUUGUCUACACUGACUGGCAGCAGAUGGGAGUCCUUUUCCCAGCUCAGCCUGGGGUUGAACCUGGGACCUUCUGCAUGCAAAGCAGAUGCUCUGUCUACCGAUUCAUCUCUUUUGAAAGGGUGUGUGUGUGUGGAAGGAAUGCACUUCCUGUAUUUUGUUACCAAAACGCAGAAAUCGCUUGGGUCUAUAUUUCCAAAGGGAAUAUAGUUAAUGUUUUUCUAUUAACUUCUUUGCCUGCCCUGUAACAUACCUUGAAAGCUUACCAGCCCUCUCCUGCUUUCUCCAUCUAACAAUAAUAAUUAAAAUAUUCUGCUCCAUCUCCCUGUUCUUCAACUUAAAAACGCUUGUUUCCCUGACAGUGAGCAUUGCAAGUUUCGUGACAGUGAAAAGGCCCGGGGUGACGGGGGAGAACAGCAACGAGGUGGCAAAGCUGGUGAACACCUUGAACACGGUCCCUUCCCUCGGCCAGAGCUCGGGCCCCAUUGUGGUCUCCAACAACAGCCCGGCCCAUGUCCCUCAGAGAGCAGGCAUCUCAGAGUCUUCGUCGCAGAAAGGUAAGCUCUGCCAGCAGCCUGGGCUUGGGCAGGUUCCGACUGUAACUUGGUCCCAAACCACAGCAUCAAGUUUCACUUUGGCCCAUUGCACAGAAAACAGGAAUUCCCUAGUGAUGGAGGAUGGUACUACGUGGGUGACUCCUCCCACUCACUCUGGGGGUGGUGCCAUGCAAAUAUGCCCUCCCAAUUCCACUCCUAUGUGCAUGAAACAGAUGGGGUGCACUAUGGGAGAGUUGACAGCAAAGCCUGGACAGCUCUGUCCUCCAUUGUUACAUAGGGUGGGAAGGGAGAUCCAGGGGAAAGGAAAGGAAAAAUGUGACCAGCCCAAGCGAGAAGUCCAAAAAGGUAGUUGCAGGGCUUCUGGAUGCUAGCCAUGACCUUUUCUCCUUUUUUCUUCCCAUUACAGUCAGCUCCUCCCCCAUCCCCGCCUUCGACCUUCAGGACAGCGGGCGGAAAGUCUGUCCCCGGUGCAAUGCCCAGUUUAGAGUCACUGAAGCUUUAAGAGGCCAUAUGUGUGUAAGUAACCCCCUUCCCGAAUUAUGAGAUCAAGGCCAUUGCAGCGUUACACCCUGCUGGCAGCCGAGAAUAAAGAGUCAAAGGACUAUGGUGUCUGCCCAGAGCAGAAGCUCAGGUCGAUGGCUGUUGCUAAAAAACUGGGAGUUCAGGGAGUGGGGCGGUGGUGAUAUCACCCUGCAAAGUUGAUUCAGGCAGUGAGAUUCAGGACUGAAAGGAGAAAGGAGCUUUGUUUAAGCAAAUUCACAGUUGGAGGCAGGGAUGCUUCCGAAUACUAGUUGCUGGAACGGACGGGAGUGUGCUCUUGUACUCAGAUCCCUCUCACAGGUUUCCCAGAGUCAUCUGGUUGGCCACUGUGAGAACAGGAUGCUGGGCUGGCCUGAUGCAGUAGCUCUCUUCUUUCAUUCAUAUAUUAACUUUAACUCAAGGACCUCCUCCUUCUUUCCUCAGUACUGCUGCCCUGAAAUGGUGGAGUUCCUGAAGAAAGGGAAGCCCCUGGAGUCUGAACCAAAUAUCCAAGCCCCCAAGCCCCCUUCCCCAGAGAAAGCAGCCGCUGUCGCUUCGCCCCCCUCCUCCACCCCCAUCCCCGCCCUCUCGCCGCCAGCCAAAGUCUCUGAGCACAGCGACGGCACGGGCGACGGGGCGCAGAGCAAGCUGAUAAUGCUGGUGGAUGACUUCUACUACGGCCGGGACGGCGGGAAGGUGAACCAGCUGCUCAACUUCCCCAAGGUGCCAACGUCCUUCCGCUGCCCGCACUGCACCAAGAGGCUCAAGAACAACAUCCGGUAAAAGUGAAGCGUUGUCAGGGAGGGGAGGGAGAAAGGGCUGCGGCAAAGCCAGCCGGAGGAGGAGGAGGAGGUGUGGCCCUCGGGAAGAUUCUGGGGGUGGUGGGACUUUUGCAUCCAGCAUCAGCUGGAGAGCCACAGACUCCCCACUCUGGUCUUAAAGAGAGCCAGACCACUUUAAGGAGGUUUAUCUGUUGUGUUUGGCCGCUAGCCUUGAUGGCCAUGCUCUGUCUCCACAGACAGAGCCAGUAAUGUUUCUGGAUUCCAGUUGCUGGGAACUGCAGGAGGGAAUAAGGCUCUUGUGCUCGGGUCAAAGGCCAAAGGGGACCCAUCUCCUUCCAGCACCCCCUUUCCCACAAUGGCCAGCCAGUGCCUCUUCCAGGAAGCCCACAAUCAGGACACAAGCCCAAUGCCAACACUCCCCAACAACCAAUAUUCAGAGAGGCACACUUCGCACUCGGAACUGCUGUCUGCAGUGAGCAGCGAGGAAAAACAAGCAGGAAGAGAUUUCUCCCUCCGCUGCCCUAAAGUAACCACAGAAAGGUCUGCUCCUUUCCCCCACCCCUCCAGGUUUAUGAACCACAUGAAGCACCACGUCGAGUUGGAUCAGCAGAACGGUGAGGUGGAUGUCCACACCAUCUGCCAGCAUUGUUACCGGCAGUUUUCUACGCCCUUCCAGCUCCAGUGCCACUUGGAGAACGUACACAGCCCCUACGAAUCGACCAGUAAGCUCUGCCCCAAAGUGUCUCCCCCUGUCCGUCGUCCCCCCCCCCACAAAACAUCAUAGCAGGGGGAGAUGGGAAGGGUUUCCACAAUGGUCACAGCCUGCACUGGAAAAAAUGCUUCCUUCAGAGGUUCCCUUUUCCUUUGGUGCAGAGGAGGACUGUCCGCUCUGCUCACCACAGACAGGGCAGGAAACAGUGGCAUUAUUUACAGGGCAUCCAUUUGACUUUGCAGAGUACCAGGAGCUGCUCCCUGCCCCAAGGGGGUUGCAGGAAGCGAUAGGGGAAAGGGGAAGGAUUUGCGUUUUUGAGCUUCAUGUAAUUAAGCAUAAUUGCAGUUGGGUCCAGGAGAAUGGGAAACUAAACCUAAAUAUAAAUUAUUUUGCAGGCACAUUUCUGCAUUGCCUGAUUUUGUUUCAUGACCAACAGGGACCCUUAAUGGGGUGUGGGGAUGGUUAUCUGAGGUUCAACCCAGACUUUGUUCCCGGGCCAGGCCCUGCAAGCUUUCUGCAGUUUGGGGUGGCAUCUGAAUCCUCCUGGCGUCCUCCUUUUUGACAGACUCCCUCUUGCGUUACAGCAAAAUGCAAGAUCUGUGAAUGGGCUUUCGAGAGCGAGCCCAUGUUCCUGCAGCACAUGAAGGACACUCACAAGCCAGGGGAGAUGCCCUAUGUUUGCCAGGUAUGGAGAACACCCCCCCCCAAAAAAAUAGUUUGCUUCAGCAAACUGAGAAUCCACACUCCGUCUGGCCAGCCUGCUCUCCCCUUUGUUAGCUACAAUGUAGUAGGAAUGGAACUUCCAUGCACAGAGGCAGUCUACCCCUGAAUACCAGUUUCUGAUGUAUGGGAGUUUCUGUGCAUGGGGAGAAAGUGAUAUGGGAGAGCCAUGGCCUUUGCACACUCCUUAUUUAUUUAUAUAUCUCUUGAUUUUGAUUUUUUUUUUUAAUUUUUAAAACCGCCUCAAAGUUGUUUACGAAAAUAAUUAUGAGCUUCCCACAUUAAGCCAUUGCUGAAGGCAAAAUGCCAGACAAGAAAGGUCCAAUCCUGAGAGUUCACAGCCUCCAGCUACCCAUGCUGGAAUUUGGAGGGCUUGUAUCAGAUAGUUGCUUUACUUAUUGCUCCCCUGAUUUUAAUGCUUAUCACUUCUUUCCAGAAACAUACUGUAACAUACGAGAAAUCUGUGACUGUUCGUUUCAGCGUUGCUGUUGUUGUUUUUUUACUGUACUGUAAUUUGCAAAAGAAAAAAAAAAGUCUAUCCAUGCUUCUGUGCUCAUGGCUCCUUCCAGGUCUGCCAGUACCGCUCGUCACUCUACUCCGAAGUAGACAGCCACUUCCGAAUGGUCCACGAGGACACGCGGCACCUCCUCUGCCCUUACUGCCUCAAGGUCUUUAAGAACGGCAACGCCUUCCAGCAGCAUUUCAUGAGGCACCAGGUAAACUGGCCUUGCAGGUGAAGCACUUGCCUGGUCCCCUUGGUGACUGGGAAUGCCAUGCAGGCCGCCACCCUCCUCCUCCUCAGCUCAACCCCUGAGGCCAUAGAGGUCUCCGAAGCAUUUCCCAGAGGUGCCUUGCAGCUCUGUAUCUGGUUUCAGCUUCCCUUUUAAGGGGUAGUUGGAGAAUGUAACAUAAAGUAAAAACCAGGACUAAAAAUUCUAAAGGAGGUGGGGGUGGGGAAGAUGCAGGGAUAUAGAAAUAAUUAUUGAUUUCCCACCCUUAUUGUUAUUUUUAUCUUGAAGCCUCCUGUGCAUUAGAAUGAGGCAGGAGAGUCCUGAGGGUAGUGGUUAGAACAGGAGUCAGCAAACUUUUUCAGCAGGGGGCCAGUCCACUGUCCCUCAGACCUUGUGGGGGCUGGACUAUAUUUUUUUUUGGGGGGGGAUGAACGAAUUCCUAUGCCCCACAAAUAACCCAGAGAUGUAUGUUAAAUAAAAGGACACAUUAUACGCAUGUAAAAACCCGCUGAUUCCUGGACCUUCUGCGGGCCGGAUUUAGAAGGCAAUUGGGCCAGAUCCGGCCCCGGGCCUUAGGUUGCCCACCCAUGGGUUAGAAUGUCAACCUAGGACUUGGAAGAGACCAGGGUUCAAAUCCCUGCUUGGCCACAUGGCGCUCCCUGUGGGUGACCUUGGGCCAGUCACUGCCUCUUAGCCUAACCUACCGCACAGGAUUGUUGUGGGUAUAUAAUGGUGGGUAAGAACACCAGCCAAGUGGUGACCACACUGGCGUGGACAGCAACAUCUGGAGGGGCCGCGGGUUCCCCACCCUCCCUUUACGACAAAAGCCAGUCUGCUGUUGCUGCUUCCUCCACAUGCAGCUGCUGGGUGACCUUGCGCCAGUCACACUUCUUUGAAGCCUCUCAGCCUCACUCACCUCACAGAGUGAUUGUUGUGGGGGAGGAAGGGAAAGGAGAAUGUUAGCCGCUUUGAGACUCCUUCGGGUAGUGAUAAAGCGGGAUAUCAAAUCCAAACUACUAUUCUUCUUCUUCUUCUUCUUCUUCUUCUUCUUCUUCUUCUUCUUCUUCUUCUUCCAUGCCACUCCAAUUCCCCCCACAGAAGAAGAGCAUCUAUCACUGUAACAAGUGCCGGCUGCAGUUCCUCUUUGCCAAGGACAAGAUUGAGCACAAGCUGCAGCACCACAAAACCUUCCGCAAGCCCAAGCAGCUGGAGGGGCUAAAACCAGGCACCAAGGUAUGGAGAGGGACACCAGGGGGGCGCGAGGGGUGGGCAGAAGCACCCACACCUCUCUUUUAAAUCAAGCCAGGCCUUGGGAACAGACAGGCAGUCCUCACUGCACAAUCUAGCAGGCAGACAUUACUAAGGUUCCCUGUCUAUGUGGUUCCCCACACCACUUUCUUUUUUAAGGCACAAAGUGACACGCAGGCUGGUUGAAAUGUUUGUGGACCAGAACAUGCGUGGACUUGUUUGCAUAGUUUCCCUGGGCUCUCCAUCUUCCUGUUGUGGGUAGAGCUCUGGACUUCAGGAUUCAGCAGGAUUCAAAUUCUUUCCCCCUCCCACGCCACCCCAUCAUCCAUGAAGCUGACUAGAUGUGAUCCUGGCCUGGCUUUCAGCCUAGCCUACCUCACAGGGCGGUUGUGAGGAUAACAUGGGGAGGAGAUGUCUGUAGGCCACCUUGAAAGGUGGGAUAUAAAUAUAAGAAAUGAAUAAAAUACAUUUCCAGCUAGUUCCUCUGUCCCCGUCUUUAAUGCUGAUCGAUUUCUGGCUUCCCCUCAGCUGGUGAGGAAGGGGAGUGGGUAACCCCUCCCACUUUCCCCAGGGGUGGGGCUAUGCAAAUGAGGCACAGGAAUCAUUUGGAGAUUUUUUCCUUUUUGAAACCCCAUCUGUAUCUGUAUAGCGCUCGAGUGUUUUCAUUGCAGUCUCUCUCGUCCUCUGCGCCACAGGUCACCAUCAGGGCCUCCCGAGGGCAGCCGCGGACGGUGCCCUUGUCUGCCAACGACAUGCCCCCAGGCCUCCUCCAAGACACCACCUUGCUCUCAGCCUCGGCGGACCCCCAGCCCAACUUCCUGUGCCCACCUUACCAGAGGAACAUCCAGAAGAAAGCCGUCAGGAAGAUGUCAGAGCUCAUUACUAAAUUUCCCACUAAAAUAUCCCUUAGAAAUAAUAACAGUCUGUGGCAGGUGGGGGGGGGGACUGUACAGUUCAGUGGUUCAGAUUCUGCAGCUUCCUCCUUACAUUCGACAGCUGAUGCUGUCCAGGCUUGCUGGAGGGAGUUUUGGGAGCCGUAUUUGGCCCUUCGGCCUGAGGUUCCUCCCAACCCCUGGUAUAGAUGCUUCCCUGCACUGUCCCAGCCAGGGGAGCAAGGAGUAAGCCUUCUCUGCUGUGAGCUGAACACCUGGCUAGUUGUGGCACUCCAGCUACAAAAUCCAAAUCCUGCACUUUGACUUGGGUACACAAUGACCCAAACAUCCUUUACAGAAUUGCUCAUUUAAUUUGGUGGUGUCUUGGCUUUUUUUAUUAUUAAAAAAUGCAAUAGGACUCCAUUUUCAAGGUUUUUCUCUUAACGCAAGUGUCUGGUCCUUAUGGCUUAAGGCGAUACAGGACAACAAGCCAGGAAGGAGUCCACAGCUGUGGCACUAGCCUGCCGCUUCAUCAACCGUGGUCCAAAGCCUCCUGCAACCCUCUUAGCAAAACCCACAUCCUUUGUUGGAACCCAGCCCCUGACCGGCUGCCCCCUUUCUCUCUGCAGGAGCGUCCUUGGCCGGCAAACGUGUCUCGAGUGCAGCUUCGAAAUCCCGGAUUUCCCAAACCACUUCCCCACCUACGUCCACUGCUCGCUAUGCCGUUACAGCACCUGCUGCUCCCGCGCCUAUGCCAACCACAUGAUCAAGUAAGUCAGGCCAAGCGGUUUUCUCUUCCUCCUGCUCUGAUCUUUUGGUGCAGCAACUAACUCUUCCCUUCCGGCUGAAGUGGGAGGGGGCAAGAGUGUGCCUGCUCUUCUCUUUCUGGGACCUGUGCACCCGCUUUUGCUGGGCCGAAGCGUUUGCUGGGCCCGGUUAAGGAAGUGGGUGGCUUGUGGGAGUCCCUAAGAAUUGCUCUCUUUCCUCAUUUGUGUGUGUUUGCUUGCUCUCAUUUUACCAGCAACCACGUUCCUCGCAAGAGUCCGAAGUACUUGGCCUUGUUCAAAAACUACACUGCUUGGUAAGGCAGAAAUUUCCCUGGAACAAUAAUUUCCUUUCUUUACCUGCUAGUUAGCACCUUUUUUAUGUUCUGGUGUGCUGUUCGUCUACACCGUGGACCUAGACCUGCCUUAAUAAUCCUUCUCUCACAUCUAAUAUUUGUAACUCUCUGGCCCAGUUGGGGGUGGUCAAGCCAAGAAUGCCUUCUCAGCCUCUUUAGCAACCUCCAGUUCCCAGAAUUCCUUGCAGGGUGGCUGGAGCUAUGACAAUUAAAACGAGAGGGAUUUGGUUCAUGUGCAAGGUUAACCCCGCUCUGUUAAAGAAAGCGAUGGCAAUGACAAUGAGGACUUUGCUUGUGGUUUGUUUGGAGAGAAGCAAACCAUAAAUCAGUAAGCCUCUGCUGGAGGGCCUCAGGUUGGGAAACGCUGGUUUAGACCAUUUUAAGUCUGUGAGCUGAACUGGUGUUACGACUUGUAUUUUUGUAGUGUAGAUUUGCCUCAUGAGCUUUCCUGUGUGUGAUUUAUCUAAUCACUUUUGUGCUAAUCGCAAAUGACAGUUCCUGGGUCUGGAGUACAAAUGCUGCAGAACCUCAGCUCAUAAUGCUUGACUCCAGCCUUAGUGGAGAGAGCACUUUGAGGGGUUGGCUUUUCGAACAUUGAAUUAAUAACUUUUUAAGCCAGCCCUGCAAGGUCUGUGGUUGUUUUAAAAACCUUGUUUUCUGACAUGCUUCAUCAGUGAGGCUUAGACAGUUUUCCUGUGUGUGUGUAAGUAAUGAAUGUGUUGGAAUUCUUGGCACUUAUAACAAGAUCGCCAAAGAAUCACAUCAAGGGGCUUCAAGUUCCCCACCCUGAUGUGAUUUAUCUUCUGAGCAGCUAAAUCAAGAUGUGCAUUGCCAGGGAAGAGGGGGUGUUGUUCUUGUUGUUUGUCUACAAGGGAAGAUGUUUGGGAAUCAAAUAUGCUUGCUGGUGGCAAGAUCCUACCACAAGGGAUGACCUUCCUUCUUUUCAUUUCUGCCUCACAGCGGAGUGCGGUUGGCUUGCUCGGCUUGUCUCUUUGCCACAUCGGAAGGCGACGCGAUGGCCAAGCACCUUGUCUUCAACCCCUCGCACGAAUUCAGCAACGUGCUCCUACGAGGUGAGGGCUGGAGGGGGCAGGUGGAAAUCGGAUGAUGCAGCGCGGCUCCUCCCAACUCCUCCAUUCCCAGUGUUUGCUCAUUUAAACAGAGUUCCUCACCAAAAAGAAUCCUCACCACCACAUGUGUCUUAUAACCUAGGAAACGGCUUUAUACUGGUCCAUCUCAGUAUUGCCCACACUGACUAGUAGCAGCUUCCCAUGGUUUCGAACUGAGACUCUCUUUUGAGAGAGAGAGAGAGAGAGAGAGAGAGAGAGAGAGAGGCAUUUCCUCUGUGUUUUAUUGCAAGCCUGUUUGAACACUUCACUAUUGCCCUUGCUGCAGUUCUACUCCCUCUGCCAUCCCCACCAUUCCUGUUGCCUUGAUACUUCCAGCCUUUUUGCUCUUCUUUUCCCAACAAGCUCAGAGACUGCGAUAGAAGUACUUGGGGGCAGCUGCCUAGGAAACUCUGGGUUCAAAGAGCAAUGGAUCUGGGUUUAAUUCUCAAAACGUGUCCACAGAACUUGUCCUUGAGACACACACAUUGGGGUAUCAACAAGGGAUCAGGAAAUAAAGGGAAGGCAAUGGUGUCGCCCACUAGAUAAGUACAAAAAGGUCCAGGACUCUUCCAGGAAGAUCACCAGGCCACAGCGGCGCUUAACUGAGGGGCAAGACAGAUUUGCAGGCUUGAACAGGAGGGUGCCAUCAGGAGAGCAAGGCCAGUUUCAGGAAGGCAGAAUAGGCAGGGAGAGGAUGGGGUAGCUAGUCUGGUGCGUAAGGGAGCCAGGGUGGGGCUAAGUAUGGCAUGGUGUCUGUGAGCUGCUUGCAGCUGGUUCUCUGUCGCCAUCCUAAGAGGCAGUUUAUAUGCUGAUGGAAAAGGGUAGUGAUGGAUUGCUGUGCAGACUCAGGGUAGGGCUAAUAGUUCCCAGAACGCCCCUGCAUUUUCCUCUGCCCCUGUGCUGUGAGUCCACCUGUUGCCAGUGACCCAGUCCCUUUGUGUGUCCCUUGUUAACAAGCCGUCUGGUGCAAGCUCAGCCUCUCAAUACUUUUAUUUCCUCUUUUUUCUAACAGGUUCCACCUGGAGUUCGCAUUCAAGGUAAAUUUCCCCCAAUUUUCCUCCCAUCUGGUCAGAUUCUCUUCUUCUGCCCCUCAUCCCGUGUGUGAGGGAUUUUUCUCUUUCUUUCACUGCAAAACUGGCCCUGUUACAAGUGCCACAUCAUACCCAUUCCACAUUUAUGAGAAAUAUUUUAUUGUGGCAGCACCCACACUCUGAGACUCCCUGUGUAUUGACAGGGAAGUUGACUUCACUGUACUCUUCUUGCUUCCUGCUAAAAACAUUUUUGUUCAGCCCCCCCAGACAUGCAGAAUGUAGAUACAUGUUUUAAUCUGCUUUUAGUUAAUUGCUGUGAUUUUUCUCUUUUGAAUCAUCUUGAGAGUUGUUUUGUAUGGUUUUUACUAAUAAUUUUAUUGCUUUAUUCUCUUUGUAAACUGCUUUUGAGAUCCCCCCCCCUUAAGCGGUGUGUAAACUUGAUGAAAUAAAGAAAGAAAGAAAAAUACUCAAGGAUCUUCCCUGUCUUUCUUUUUUCCUCCCACCCUUCAGGCCUGCCCAGCCAUUUGACAGAGGUGUGAAGGCCCCCAGCUCCACCUACCCGCCAAUCAAAGCUGCUACCGUGAACACGGCCUCGCCUCUGCCUGAGGACGAGAAAGAGAAGGAGGCGCCUGAAGCCGGCAACAGACCCCCUGUCGUCGCUCCCACUCCGGCUCCCGCCACUAUCCAGGAGGACGAAGACGAGUGCUUGAACGUGGAAGAUGAGGACCAGGAGCCACCGGUGAAGGAAGCGCCUGAGCCAGCGAGCCGAAAGGAGCAGCUCUCAGUGAAGAAGCUACGGGUGGUCCUCUUCGCUCUGUGCUGCAACACGGAGCAGGCGGCGGAGCACUUCAAGAACCCCCCGCGGCGGAUCCGGCGCUGGCUUCGGCGGUUCCAGGCUUUCCAGGAGGAGAACGUGGCCUCCCUGUCAGAGGGGAAGUACCUGAGCUUUGAGGCGGAGGAGAAACUGGCAGAGUGGGUGCUCACCCAGCGGGAGCAGCAGCUGCCAGUCAAUGAGGAGACCCUCUUCCAGAAGGCCACGAAGAUCGGGCGGUCCUUGGAAGGCGGCUUCAAGAUCUCCUACGAGUGGGCCGUCCGCUUCAUGCUCCGGCACAACCUCAGCACGCACAACCGCCGGGCGGUGGCCCACCCUCUGCCCAAGGACGUCGAGGGCAGUGCCAGCUGUUUCAUUGAGUUCGUGCAGCGGCAGAUCCACACCCAGGAUCUGCCUCUAUCCAUGAUCGCCGCCAUCGACGAGAUCUCCCUCUUCCUGGACGUGGAAGUGCUCUGCAGCGAUGACCGGAAGGAGAACGCCUUGCAGACGGUGGGGACGGGGGAGCCCUGGUGCGACGUGGUCCUGGCCAUCUUGGCUGACGGGAGCGUGCUGCCCACCCUCGUCUUCUACCGGGGCCGGGUGGAGCAGGCCGCCAACGUCCCAGAGACGAUUGUGCUGGAGGUGAAGGAGGGCGGCUACAGCGACGACGAGAUCAUGGAGUCUUGGUCCUCCACGGUGUGGCACAAGCACAUAAAGAGCCAGAACAGCAAAGGCAUGCUGGUCCUGGAUUGCCACCGGACCCACCUUUCGGAAGAGGUCCUCUCCGUGCUGAGCUCCUCCAACACGCUGCCAGCCGUCGUCCCCGCCGGCUGCAGCUCCAAAAACCAGCCGCUGGACGUUUGCAUCAAAAGGACCGUGAAAAACUUCUUGCACAAAAAGUGGAAGGAGCAGGCCAAGGAGAUGGCCGACUCCACGUGCGACUCGGACAUCCUCCUCCAGCUGGUCCUGUGCUGGCUGGCCGAGGCGCUCGAGGUCAUCAGCGACUGCCCCGAACUGGUCCAGCAGUCCUUCCUGGUGGCCAGUGUGCUGCCAGGCCCCGAUGGCACGGCCAACACGCCCACCCGCAACGCCGACAUGCAGGAGGAGCUCAUUGCCUCGCUGGAGGAGCAGCUGAAGCUCAACAACGAGCCACAGGAGGAAGAGGAGGAGGAGGAAGAGGCAGAGCUGCAGGACGGGGCAUCGGUCGCGCCAGCCGAGGAAUCUGCCAACCCUGAGAUCCUCCACCAGCUCUUUGAAGGGGAGAGCGAGACAGAAUCGUUCUACGGCUUUGAGGAUGCUGACUUGGAUCUGAUGGAAGUCUGAGUGCUUUCCCGCUUGAUCCAGAGAAAGAGUUCUUUUCCUCUCUCUUUUAUAUAUAUAGAUAUAUAUAGAGAUAUAUAGAUAUAUAUAUAAAAGAAAAUCAAUGUUGGAUGAGACCAUUUUCACUUCCCUGUGGAUCUGUGGGUACAGGAGAUUAGUAGGUGAACACGCAGACUAAUAGCCAUUUUAUGCUGUCUGUUCAUUUCUUUAAAAAGAAAAAAAUGUGCUUAAUUUGUUUUUGUUUUUUCUUAAAUCACUGUGUUGCUAUUUUCUGAAGAUACAUUGUGGGUGAAUUAUUUUUGGCUUUUCAUUUUCUUUACCUCACUGUAUUAUAGUUUCUGGGUUGUGUUUGUUUUAUACUGUGCAAAAAAAGGUUUUUAAUUAAGCCACAUCAUCAAUGUGACCUUUUUUCUUUUGAAAAAACCAAGGAACACCAAUAUGUAGCUAAAGAAUGAAAAUCUCUACACCCCACCCCCACUUUUAAAAAAAAUUGUCAUAACACAGACCUCCCCUACCCUUCCCCAUUUUAACACUUGGAUCCAGAAAUGUUGAUUUCUAGGUGAUAACAUCUUUUCUUUCUUUUAAGGUAUGAAUGUUUCCUUUAACACAUUGAACGUUCUAUAGCCGCCCUUUGAAAAUUUGAGGUUUCCUUAUUAACAAAGAGGACAGCAAUUAAAGGCCGACACCGUUGUUUAGGGACAGGAAAGGGGUUGAUCCGGCCUCUUGGUCACCAGCAAAUGGAUCUUUAUAGACAUAGAAGUGCCAUGCUUUGGGUUGACCGAUGAUCCACUUUGGUCAAGAGUUACCUGGACUUCAGGCAGCUGCCGCAACUUGCCUCACUUCCUCGUCCGUUGGCUAAACUACUGGGCACCUGCUCCUUCUGAUUCCUAACAAGAGUAUAAACUGUGGAAGCUUCAAGCCUUUUGACAACUCCGUUCAGGUUGACAACAUCCUUUCCGGUUGGCUCGUUGGUUGCAAGCUAAUCCUCUCCUGGACCAUUGACUUUAAACCUUCUGGAAACUUAUCGAUAGCUACUGAAUCCUGCUUUCUCUGACGGCGCCAAGACACACUACGUACCCCGAAUUUGCUACUUCGGUUGAACCCGGCUGCACACUCAAAAAACAAGGGAGAACUUGUUUUUAUUUUUCACUGCCAGCGUAAAAAACAGAGACAAAAGAAAGACAAAAAGAGAGAUGUUUUUUCUACUGUUUGCAUGUUUGAGAGUUUUUUAAAAAUCGUAACGUAUUAUGGUCUGAACAAUGAAAAGCAUUUUGACAUGAUGAAAGAACGUGGGAGCCUCCCCCGCCCUUCAUGCCACUUCUGGUUUUACUUUUUUCCGUUGAAGUUUUAAGACUCUCCUCUGUGGCCGACGCCUUCCCUCCCUUUCCCCGAAGCCCCCAAUAUGCCCACCCCGCUCCCCACCCCAGUGACUCAAGGGAAGAAGGAAACAGGGUGGGCUGACCUGUAAAUGAUUAAUCUCUAAAAUGUACAUACGUGGAACAUUUAAUAAAGCCAGGGA